UAGACCUGGACAAGAAGGAGAGGAGGAAGGUCCUACCUAUAUCAUUACGGCGUCCCUCUUCAGUCGAGAAAGUGGAAGGGAGUAUAUAAGGGAGCGGUUCCUUCCACAGAGCAACAAGUCGUUCUUGGAUCGCCUCUCGAGCAACAUGAAGUCCGUCAUCCUCGCCUGCCUAGCCGCCGUGGCCGUAGCUGCCCCCCAGUUCGGGCAGCCCCAGCAGCAGUUCUUCCAGGGUCCCCCCGUGGCCAUCUUGAGGGACGAGCGCCAGGAUCAGGGCAACGGCGAAUUCGCUUACACCUUCGAGGCUGACAACGGCAUCAGCGAAUCGAGGAGGGGUUAUCUCGGGGCCUUUGGGCAGUCCAACAUGGAGGGAUCCUUCAGGUUCCCUCUCCCCGACGGCUCCUUCGCCGAGGUCCGCUACAUCGCUGACGAAAACGGCUUCCGCGCCGAGUCCCCACUAAUCCCCACCCCCCACCCACUCCCCGCCCACGCCAUCGAGCAGAUCCGCUUCGCUGAGGAGCAGCGCGCCCGCGGGAUUACUUUCGACGAUUACUAAGCCCUGAUGACCUCCUGUAGUAAUCCCUCGCUCGAUUUCACGGACAGAUUUUCAAUGGAACCUCGACUCACGAUUCUCAAGUGGAUUUCUUCGUGUAUUCUGUGAAUGCGCGAUUUAUUCUGUAUCUUCGUCUCCGAAUUAUUGUUUUUUCUGUUUUUCCUCCGUGUUUUUUUAUAUAUAUGUUGCCAAUGAUGGGGAGUACCUGUAUGGAAAACGUUUAUAAAUAUAAAAAAUAAUAAUAAAAAUAAAA